CCCAAAGACCCGAACCGAACCGACCCGACCCGACGUCUAUACAAGUCUGCAAAAUCGUUCCUCUCGGUCACCUUUCUCAGCUCCGGCGAGUUCAAUCCGAUGACGACUUCCCUCAAGAACAGCGACGACCCAUCCACUUCUCCGUCGUCACCGAAGAACGUGUUGAAGGAGGAUGACGGUGGGCGACGACGGUUUUUGCUCGAGCUCGAAUUCGUGCAGUGUCUGGCCAACCCCACCUAUAUUCACUAUUUGGCGCAGAACCGAUACUUUGAGGACGAGGCUUUUAUUGGUUACUUGAAGUAUCUUCAGUACUGGCAACGCCCCGAGUACCUCAAGUUUAUAAUGUACCCGCAUUGCUUAUUUUUCCUGGAACUUCUCCAGAAUGCAAACUUCCGCAAUGCGAUGGCACACCCCAGCAACAAGGAAUUGGCACAUCGGCAGCAAUUCUUUUUCUGGAAGAACUAUAGAAAUAACCGUUUGAAGCACAUAAUGCCUAGGCCUCUUCCAGAACCUCCAGCUGUAACCCCAACUCCAGCUCCACCACAGGGACCUACACCUCCCAUGUCAGCUACAAUUGCAGCUACUGCUCCUCCCCCUCCAGCCCUUUCUCCCAUGCAGUAUGGAGUUCUGCCUGGAUCAUCUCUUGCCAAAAAUGACAUGAGGAAUGCUGCAGUUGAUCGGAGGAAGAGAAAGAAGGAAGCUUAAACUUGAAUACAUUUUAGGAGAAGGGUAGGUGCUCAUUGAGGCUGUCAAUGGGGUUAGACUUUUUGUUUUGUCUGUCAAAGGUGAUUAUGGGAAUGUUGAGUGGAGCAGAUCGUGACGAUGCACAUUCUGCAAUGGGGCUGAUAUUGUUGAUGAACAGCACUGUGGUCUUGCAUUGAAGAGGCGAUAGCAUUUUAAUUGCUCAGAUCGUGAUUUGAACUACUGGAGAUGGCAGUGCUUGCUUGACGGCACCCCUUAGCUGAGAAUUUUACUUUGUUUCUCUGAGAGGAAAUGCAUGAGCUGUAAUCAAAUUGUUGGCCGAACUUUGGUACAGACGUGCUCUUUGUAAGCCAUUCAUCUCGCGUUUGAUGAAAUGAAUCUGUUUAAACAGAUCAACCGCAAAUGCCCAGUUGAUAUUUACAGGAUUGAUAUUCAUUUGAUGGGCGGUUACAUCC